AUGAGUGAAGAAGGUCCACAGGUAAAGAUUAGAGAAGCUACAAAGGAUAAUGUUGACUUUAUUCUUUCCAACGUGGAUAUGGCGUUAGCAAAUUCGUUACGAAGAGUUAUAAUCGCCGAAAUUCCAACGUUGGCGAUUGACUCUGUUGAGAUUGAAGCUAAUACUACAGUAUUAGCGGAUGAAUUUAUUGCACAUAGAUUGGGUUUAAUACCUCUCCAGAGUCUCGAUAUCGAUCAACUGGAAUAUUGCAGGGAUUGUUUUUGUGAGGAUCACUGUGACAAGUGUUCUGUUGUGUUGACUUUACAAGCUAUUGGUGAGAGUGAAAGCACAACAAAUAUUUAUGCUAAAGAUUUAGUUAUUGUGUCAAAUUUAAUGGGACGUAAUAUUGGUCAUCCCAUCAUACAGGAUAAAGAGGGCAAUGGUGUUUUGAUCUGUAAAUUAAGAAAGGGACAAGAGUUGACUCUAAAAUGUAUUGCGAAGAAGGGAAUAACUAAAGAGCAUGCUAAAUGGGGACCCGCAGCAGCAAUAGAAUUCGAAUAUGAUCCUUGGAAUAAAUUGAAGCACACAGAUUAUUGGUAUGAGCAAGAUAUCAUGAAGGAAUGGCCACCAUCUAAGAACAGCGAAUACGAAGAUCCACCAAAUAAGGGCGACCCUUUCGACUACAAAGCAAAGGCUAAUACAUUUUACAUGAAUGUCGAAAAUGUUGGUUCCAUUACUACAGAUCAAGUAGUCCUGAGAGGUAUUGAUACCUUGCAAAAAAAAGUAGCAUCGGUUCUACUUGCACUCACACAAAUGGACCAGGACAGGGUAAAUUAUGCUUCUGGUAAUAAUGAAAAUACAAUUACGGGCAUCAACGAUGGUGACACCAUAAUGAAUGGCACACAGGAUCAAAAUCCAUACGGCAAUGGUGAUAGCAACGGCUAUGAUGACUCUUGGUGA